GGAAGGAGAUGGGGGAAAGGAAAGGAAAGAAAGGAAAGGAAAGGAAAGGAAAGAAAAGGAAAGAAAAGGAAAGGAAAGAAAAGGAAAGGAAAGGAAAGAAAAGGAAAGAAAAGGAAAGGAAAGGAAAGAAAAGGAAAGGAAAGAGAAGGAAAGGAAAGAAAAGGAAAGGAAAGGAAAGGAAAGAAAAGGAAAGAAAAGGAAAGAAAAGGAAAGGAAAGGAAAGAAAAGGAAAGAAAAGGAAAGGAAAGAAAAGGAAAGGAAAGAAAAGGAAAGGAAAGGAAAGGAAAGAAAAGGAAAGAAAAGGAAAGGAAAGGAAAGGCAAGAAAAGGAAAGGAAAGGAGACGAAAGUCAAACUGUGUUGCAUGCGGGUGGGAAGGCGGAAGGAAGGAGCACGGAUCGGAAGAAGGGCUUAAGGAGGGCUUAAGACCAUGGAAUGGUU